AUGGCAACAAAGAAGCAGCUGAUGAAAGCCAUCAGUGUGUCUGAAUUCGGUGACCCUGAAGUGCUGAAGCUGAAGAAAGACCUUCCAGUGCCAGAUCCAAAAGAGAACGAGGUUCUCAUUAAGGUUCACGCAUGUGGUGUUAAUGCAAUGGAUACCUAUAUUCGUGCUGGGACAUAUCCAGAAGCACAAGUCUUACCCUAUAUACCUGGUACAGAUGUGGCUGGAGAGAUACAAAAAGUUGGGAACCACGUAGAUGCAUUCAAGAAAGGAGAUCGGGUUUUUACCCUUGGUACAGUUACUGGUGGUUACGCUGAAUUUACUGUUGCAGCAGCUGAUACAGUCUUUCCCUUGUCUGCUAAACUGAACUUCAAGCAAGGUGCUGCAAUCGGAGUUCCUUAUUUUACAGCAUAUCAUGCUCUGUUUCAAAGAGAAGUCACCAAACCAGGAGAAACUCUGCUAAUCCAUGGAGCAAGUGGAGGGGUUGGAAUGGCAGCAUGCCAGAUUGCAAGAGCUCAUGGCAUGACUGUCUUGGGUACAGCUGGUUCUGAAGCAGGAAUGAACCAGAUUUUAAAAAAUGGAGCUCAUUGUGUUUUUAAUCACAGAAAGAGGGCUUACUUGUACCAAAUUAAGGAAGCAACUGGUACCCAAAAUAUAGAUGUGAUAUUAGAGAUGCUGGCUAAUGUCAACCUUUCUGAAGACCUGAAACUGCUGUCAAAAGGAGGAAGAGUGAUGAUUGUGGGUUGUCGAGGACUUAUCGAGAUAAAUCCUAAUGAUAUGAUGAUGAAAGAAUCAAUUAUCAGAGGAAUUUCAUUCAUCACUUCAUCUAAGGAGGAGAUGAAUGCAUGUGCUGCAGCAAUUCUUGCAGGUAUAGAAGCAGGUUGGCUAAAACCAGCUGUUGGCCAUGAAUACCCGCUGGCAAAAGCAGCAGAGGCACACAAAGAAAUGGCUGAGGGCCCAGGUUCUUUGGGGAAGAGGGUGAUUGUUAUAUGUUAAAAUAUGUUGUUAAGUGCAUUGGAAGUAAUAAUAGAUAUGUUGAUUAUAAUCCUUGUUCAUUACACUUAGG